AUGGAGAAAGAUCAGAUGCACCCUAGGGUGCUAGAGUCAAUAGACACAAACUCAUUAUCUUUGCUUUCAUCCAAUACCAGUUCAAAUAUGAAUAGCAACACCAACAACAAACUCAGCAUUAUUACUAGUGAUAUUUCCACAGGGUCAGUACUUUCCAGGCCCGUGACUCCUCCAGUGGUUCAAGAUAUAGACAAUAACUCCAUGUUGCAAUGGCAAUUUGAAAAGAAAGAAUUUAUCUUCGACAGCAAUAGCACUCCCUCUAAGCAAGUAAAAUCGUUGCAGAGAACAUCCCCAUAUCAAAGCCAUAGUCAAAAUCAAAAUCAAAACCAGCAGUUGAUAAAUGUAAGAAAGCGUCGCUCACAAUUGAUAGGUGCCAAGCCUAAGGUUCCAUCCAAAUUGUACCAAUCCGUUUCCAAAUUAGAUCUAAUUGAUGACAAAAAUUUCACGUCAUUGCCAAUUGCGCCACCAUGCAAUAUCGAAACUAAUGAAGAAGACAGCGAAAACAACGAAUACAAUAGCAACAAGAAACGGCCCAGGUUGAAUCCUAUAAAUGAACUGCGAGUACAUAGCAACAAACGUAAUAGGUAUGUGAGUUAUGGGCCGAGUUUAGACACAAAAAACUACGAGUUAACAGAAAGUAUUUCUCAGGAUACACCACCACUCGUCCUGGUUGAAGAUUACAUACCGUAUACCCAAAAUAAAUUAACAAAAAAAAUGGUGUCUAUUUCAGAUUUGAAAUCAAAACUGAAUAAAAGAAGAGAUAAUCAUAUUCCACUUAGAGUGAAAAAUUCCUAUUCCGAAAUCAACAAGGAAACCAAUAGAAAUAGUCUUGAACCGAAUUCAUUAACACUGAUACCCCAUAUAUUAAAGAAUGCUGAAGAGGACAAGGAUGAAAAUAAUAACCCUUUGGAGUUUAUUAAAGAGGAAGCUGAAACAAGUGAUAUUUCCAUACCAAAUUCAAUUGAAAAUAUGGUGGUUAACUUGGUUAAUAUCCCAUCUUCAAAUAAAAGUUACGAUGAUCUUUAUUUGUCGGAAUUAAAUGUUCACUCCCAGCUGAGGAAAUGUGUCAUCUGCGAAAAAGCCCUAUAUGAAAUUAGUUCGAGGCUCUUAAACUCAGGCCACUACAAAGAAAUUGUAUGUGAGCAAUGCACAGUUAGAUAUGAAGAAGCCGCUAAAAUUUUUGAAAACUGCGAGUUUGAAUCAUCUAUGGAUGAAUCAAAUGUAAGCAGCGGUACUUUUAGUGAUCUAGAGAACUCAGCAGAAUCAUUCCAUUUAUCGACAGAUGCUCCAAUAAAAAUAAGUAAACACAAAGAUGAUUACAAGAUGAACCUCAGAAAGGAAAUAUCGAGAAAAAAGGAUAGUUUCUCUAAAGAACUUAUAGAACGAUUACAGUUGCAGUUGCUAGAAAAUGAUAAACCAAGUAACAAUAAUUAUAACAAAGAUGCAAUGGGUUCGAAAUCAAUGAAUUGGUUUUUGGAAGCACGAAGAAAAUUGAAGUGGAAGUGGAGAAUAAAUGGCUUACUACCGCAUUUCUUACGUAGUCAAAACAGUGAUCGUUUGAAUUUUCAAUCCUGA